GAAGGCGCGCCCGGGAUCCCCUCGCCCCCUCCCGCAGGCGCCCAGCGAGUGAGGACGUCCACCGCGACGGGAGGGAGGGAGCGGAGGAGACGGGCAGGCUCGGCGAGGCCAUGUGAUGCUGGGCGAGAGAGUCGCCGCCGCCGGAGCCGCCUCCUCUCCUCCCUCCGAUCCCGGGCUGUCAUGGCGACCCCCAACAACCUGACCCCCACCAACUGCAGCUGGUGGCCCAUCUCGGCGCUGGAGAGCGAUGCGGCCAAGCCGGCCGAGGCCCCCGACGCGCGCGAGGCGGCCAGCCCCGCCCAGUGGCCGAAGGAGAGCCUGGUCCUGUACCACUGGACCCAGUCGUUCAGCUCGCAGAAGAGCAUCCCGGUGUGUCCGCCCGCCUUCCCUGCUCUGACCCUGCACCUGCAGGUGCGGCUGGUGAUCGCCGAGAAGGGCCUGGUAUGUGAGGAGCGGGACGUGAGCCUGCCGCAGAGCGAGCCCAAGGAGCCCUGGUUCAUGCGGCUCAACCUGGGUGAGGAGGUGCCUGUCGUCAUCCACCGCGGCAACAUCAUCAGCGACUACGACCAGAUCAUCGACUACGUUGAGCGCACCUUCACAGGAGAGCACGUGGUGGCCCUGAUGCCCGAGGCCGGCAGCCCGCAGCACGCGCGGGUGCUGCAGUACCGCGAGCUGCUGGACGCGCUGCCCAUGGACGCCUACACGCACGGCUGCAUCCUGCACCCCGAGCUCACCACCGACUCCAUGAUCCCCAAGUACGCCACGGCCGAGAUCCGCAGACACUUAGCCAAUGCCACCACGGACCUCAUGAAACUGGACCAUGAAGAGGAGCCGCAGCUCUCCGAGCCCUACCUUUCCAAACAGAAGAAGCUCAUGGCCAAGAUCCUGGAGCAUGACGACGUGAGCUACCUGAAGAAGAUCCUCGGGGAGCUGGCAAUGGUACUGGACCAGAUCGAGGCCGAGCUGGAGAAGAGGAAGCUUGAGAAUGAGGGGCAGAAAUGUGAGCUAUGGCUCUGUGGCUGUGCCUUCACCCUUGCUGAUGUCCUCCUGGGAGCCACCCUGCACCGCCUCAAGUUCCUGGGACUGUCCAAAAAGUACUGGGAAGAUGGCAGCCGGCCCAACCUGCAAUCGUUCUUUGAGAGAGUCCAGAGACGCUUUGCCUUCCGGAAGGUCCUGGGUGACAUCCACACCACUCUGCUGUCGGCCGUCAUCCCCAAUGCGUUCCGGCUGGUCAAACGGAAACCCCCAUCUUUCUUUGGGGCGUCCUUCCUCAUGGGUUCCCUGGGAGGGAUGGGCUACUUUGCCUACUGGUACCUCAAGAAAAAAUACAUCUAGAGCCGAGCCGGGGGCUUGGGUCUGACUGUUGGUGUCUCUGUGCUGUGUGAUUCCAAAUGAGCUCUCAGUAAUCACUGUCUCUUGAACACUUGGACAGCCCUUUCCUGCCCCUUGUUCUGAGUAAUUCUAUCGUCAGUGUGAAAACGUCCCAUAGUGUAGAAGUAGAUUUGCGACUGCCAUGAGUUGAGGCCACGGCUCUAUUAAAGGAGAGAAAGAGAGAGGAAAAAAAAAAGAGAGAAAAAUAGAAACAAAACAUGAAUGCCUUUUCUUUCAAUUCAAGAUCUCAAGAUGGAACUGUGAGGACUGGUUGGGAUCUGAGGUGAGUCCCAGGCUGCUUUAUCCAUCAGAGCCCAGAUUCUGGGAGGUGCUGGGGACUAAGCGAACCUGACCUUGCCUCCCCUUCCCUCUUGUCCAGGGAACUCUUGCACAGGACAAAGCCAACAUCAAGACUUGACUCUUCUAACCGGUACCUCCGGGUGGGGCUGGAGAUCCAAAGACCCUAUGGGCAGCCCCUGAAGAUCAGAAGGGGCUUCAUUCUUCUCCUGAGCAUGGACUGAGACAGCAGUGAAUUGAGUCAAGACAGUGACACCCAAAAAUCAGGCUGUGGUUUGGGGCCAACACAUGAAAACUCCCCUCUUGUUUCGGCCAGUGCAUUUGGUUUGGCACUUUAAUAGAAAUCCCUGAAGGCAGCAUCCACCGUCCUCUUCCUCCCGUGAGUUGAGUUUUCCUACCACAAGAGGUGGGACUUUCACUAAAAGCCACACUGGCCUUUUCUGAGGUCAGUUCCAUUCCAGGUGCGGGGAAAGGUCCAGAGGAGGAUGCACCUAAGGUCCUUUUCCCAGCCUCUGCCAAAGCCAUCUCCUUUAAGCUCACCUUUCCCAUCACUCAUGGGCUCUCUCCAUGUCCCCAAAGGGGUCUCUGCAUCUCUACUGCCCACCCUGGUCAUGUUUCACUUUCCUGUGCCUUUAGCAUGUUGGGAAAGGGUCUGGGUGUCACUGCCGCUCUGCUUAGAAACCACUGAAAGCCCCCAAUAAAGCGUCCAGGAGGAGCAGUUUCUUUUCAUUUCUAAACCUGUGUUGUCCAUCUACCUCUCUGUCUCCAAAGAUUGGGGUCUGAAGGGUAGAGAUGCAUGGUUUCAGACUCAGUUCUUCUGCAAGAGCGGGCAGAAGGAUUCUCAAGUUGCUGGGCCUGGGGAUGGCUUCUGAAUAGACUUGAAAGCUCUGACCUUGACAUAAACUUGCCUUUCUUGGGCACAAUGAUUCACAGUUUACAGAGCACAUUCACAACUCAUG